GUGCGUCCGACAACGUCAACAAAUGUAAGGUGAAAUCCCUUUACCAUAGAAGACGCGUCAUUGCAUCCAACUGAUCGAUUUUGCAUAUGGCAAAAUGUCAAAUAAUUAACAGUGCUUUUCAAAAUAUCACAUAAGCUCAACUCUGAUUUAAUUUGAUCUUCGGUGAAAAUCUUUCAGAGAAAUCAAGUAAGAAAAUGGCUACUCUACCAUUGCUGUUGGUCGAAGAAGAUGUUGAACGAGGUGGCAAGGAACACGCUGAGCAUGAAAUACAAAAUGAUUUUGCAUAUAGAAACAAUGUGCAUAAUGCAGACAUCAAUAUACGAAUGGGUUUCUUACGGAAAGUUUAUGGUUUGUUGAGCAUUCAGCUUUUGAUGACAGUUGUAGUGGCUGCUGUGUUUGUAAUGAGCUCAACUGUGAAGUUAUAUGUACAACAGAAUCCAUGGACUAUAGGUUUAGCCUUUUUCAUGACGAUGGGAAUUUUGAUUGCUUUGAUGAUAAAGAGAAGGGAUCAUCCUGCUAAUUUGAUUCUUUUAAGUGCAUUUACUUUGGCACAAGCAUAUAGCAUUGGAGUUGUGGUGUCCAUGUAUGACACCACACUAGUUCUGGAAGCAUUGUUUAUAACUCUCACUGUUUUACUUGGCUUGACAGCUUACACUUUUCAAACCAAGCGAGAUUUCUCAUUUUUAGGAUUUGGAUUGUUCCUUGGACUUUGGUGUCUCUUGAUCGGUGGUUUACUACAAAUCUUUAUUCAGAGUAGUGCACUGGAAUUAGCUAUAAGUAUUGGAGGUGCAUUACUAUUCUGUUUGUUCAUCGUUUUUGACACUCAAGCAAUAAUGCACAACUUAUCUCCUGAGGAAUACAUUCUGGCGACAAUUAAUAUUUACUUAGAUAUAAUAAAUUUAUUCUUACAUAUAUUGCGAGCUCUUGCACUUUCAAAACAAUAAAUAGUGUUACCAUA